UCCUGGAAGCACGAUGACAAAGUGUGAGGGGCAAGGCCAGCCUGCCCCUUAUGGACUGGCCCCACUGGAGGAUGCCUGGACCUUACCACAGAGAGAGGCAGAGGUAUUGGCAAAGGGUGUAGUUCAAGAUGCUCGAGCUCAGGUGUUGGCAACAGGCAAAUCUGCUGAAGCAGAGAUUGAUUUUAAAUAUGCCCUCAUUGGGACUGCUUUGGGUGUUGCCAUCUCUGCUGGCUUCCUAGCCCUGAAGAUCUGCAUUAUCAGGAAGCACUUGUCUGAAAAUGACUCUUCAGACCUGAGGAGCUCACGUCAGGGUGGCAGUGAUACCCUUGUGCAAAAGAAGAGAGCCACAAGGUAAGACUCCCUUUGGAUGUGGUCAGCAAGGGAUGGUGUCCCUCCUAUCUCAGCCAUUCUCCUUCACUGCCACCCUAGCUCCCUCUUGGAACUGGAGUGCACUCUG